AUGAAGUACAUCCUGGUAACUGGUGGUGUCAUCUCAGGCAUUGGCAAAGGGAUCAUUGCAAGCAGCAUUGGCACCAUACUGAAAUCAUGUGGUCUACGUGUCACUGCAAUCAAAAUUGAUCCUUACAUAAACAUAGAUGCUGGAACCUUUUCACCAUAUGAACAUGGUGAAGUUUUUGUAUUGAAUGAUGGUGGAGAAGUUGACUUAGAUUUGGGAAAUUAUGAGAGAUUUUUGGACAUCAAUCUCUAUAAAGAUAACAACAUCACCACUGGAAAGAUAUAUCAGCAUGUGAUUAAUAAAGAAAGGCAUGGUGAUUACCUGGGCAAAACUGUUCAAGUUGUUCCGCACAUCACUGAUGCAGUUCAGGAAUGGGUAAUGAAUCAGGCAAAAGUUCCGGUGGAUGAUGACAGAAAAGAGCCACAAAUAUGUGUAAUUGAGCUGGGUGGAACCAUUGGAGAUAUUGAAGGAAUGCCAUUUGUUGAAGCAUUUAGACAGUUUCAGUUCAAAGCACGAAGAGAGAACUUCUGUAAUAUCCAUGUUAGUCUAGUACCACAGCCUAAUGCCACUGGCGAACAGAAGACAAAACCAACACAGAACAGUGUUCGAGCACUGAGGGGUCUAGGCUUGUCUCCAGAUUUGAUUGUCUGCAGAAGUGCAAAACCUAUAGAAAUGGCAGUGAAGGAAAAGAUUUCCAUGUUUUGCCAUGUGGAGCCUGAGCAGGUGAUAUUUAUCCAUGAUGUUUCUUCCACUUAUCGAGUACCAAUCCUGUUGGAGGAGCAAGGCAUCAUUAAGUAUUUUAAACAGAGGUUAAAUUUACCUAUUGAUGACCAGCCAAGUGAUCUUCUAAUGAAAUGGAAGAAAAUGGCUGACAGAUACGAAAGGUUGCUGAAGGUGUGUUCCAUAGCUCUCGUUGGCAAGUACACAAAACUAAGUGAUUGCUAUGCAUCUGUUUUCAAGGCUCUGGAACACUCUGCGCUGGCAAUUAAUCACAAACUGGAUUUAAUGUACAUAGAUUCAACAGAACUUGAACGUUCUACGGAAGCAGAGAACUCAGUGAAAUAUCACCAGGCAUGGCACAAACUGUGCAAAGCAGAUGGCAUUCUGGUCCCAGGAGGGUUUGGAAUUAGGGGAACAGAAGGCAAACUCCAAGCUAUCUCCUGGGCAAGAACAAAGAAAAAACCUUUUCUUGGAGUUUGCCUGGGAAUGCAAUUAGCAGUUGUGGAAUUUGCAAGAAACUGUUUGAAUUGGAAAGAUGCAAAUUCUACAGAAUUUGACCCAGACACAAAAAACCCUGUUGUUAUUGACAUGCCAGAACACAAUCCUGGAGAUAUGGGUGGAACAAUGAGACUGGGGAAGAGGAGGACUGUUUUCAAAACACAGAAUUCUAUUUUAAGAAAACUUUAUGGUGAUGAAAUGUUUGUAGAGGAGCGACACAGGCAUCGAUAUGAGGUGAACCCAGAAUUGACUCACUGCUUCGAAGAGAAAGGUUUGAAAUUUGUUGGCCAUGAUACAGAAGGGAACAGAAUGGAAAUUAUUGAACUGGAGAAUCACCCAUAUUUUGUGGGAGUUCAGUUCCAUCCAGAGUUUUCCUCAAGACCUAUGAAACCUUCACCUCCAUACCUUGGACUGUUGCUAGCAGCAACUGGGACACUCAAUGCAUACCUGCAACGUGGAUGUAAAUUGUCUCCAAGUGACAGCUACAGUGACCUCAGUGAUGACAGCUCUCCAGAGAAAGAGUUUCCUAAUUCAGAAAAAAGCUGAAAUGAUUGUAUGAGAUCACAGAAGUGGAUGAUGCUGUUGAGAAAUUUAGGAACAAGACAAUAUUGAAGAGAAGAGAGUAGAAGAGUAAGCUGCUUACAGUCCUCAUAGUGUCUUCUCCUAUACUGUUUUCAAAAAUUCUCUUUACAGAUGACAGUUUUACUGUCAUGUAGCAAAAACUCUUCUGUAUAAAUGCUGUUUCUCUUUAAAAAUGACAAAAUGGUUGUGCACCUUAGGUGUUAAUCAUCCUGUAUUUCAGAAUGAUCUCAGGUGAAUAUGUAUUAAUUCACUAGUUCACAAAUGUUCUUGAUUUGAAGGGAGAUUUGAUUGUUUUCAGUUCGCCUUAGAACAGGAAGAUAAAAAUGCGUUAGUUCUUGUGAAUGAGAGGGAAUGCACUAAAAAAUUUAAGGGGGAGUUGUCUUAUCCAUGAGCAGUAGAGAGCUGUUUCAGCUUUGUUUCCCUAUUAAGCUUGUUGUGUAUAUAUUUUUUUUUUUACUUUUUUUGCUGUUCAAUAUAUACAAAUGAGAAAUUGUCGCUGUAUUUCAGCUCUUUGUGAUUAUUAUAAUUGAUGUUGGAUACACGGCUUUUCACUUUGCUUUUAUAAGUGAUUUCACUUUACAAAAGUUCAAGUUCAUUUGCUCUGUUUCUCCUGAAAGGCUGAUAAUACUGAACAUAAUUCGGACUUACAAAAUUACAGAAGUUAUAUUAGAAGGUGGUUUUGUAUUUGCAUUUUGUAAGAGAAAAAGUAAAUAUACUCAUAUGUUAAAAUUUAAUUUGAACACUCAUAUGAAAGUUGUAGAAGAACCAGUUAUAAACCUUGAGCAUUAUUUGGGCUUCAGCCAUGCAAAACUCAGUUAAUUUCACUAAAUGAGUAUAAAGGUGAACUAGGGUUCUCCCUUUUUUUCUCUCAUCCGGUGGCCACUCCAUGGUCAUGGUGCUCAUUCCCCAAUAGGAUAGAACAGUGUACUUUAAUUUAGAAAUCACAAGUUAAUCCACUGCAUGACAAUUGCAGGCAGCCCUGUAAAGCCAGGACUGCAGCCUGAAUCACUGAGACACAAGGGGAAGGCGAGAGGUGCUGUACUGUGUUUAAAGCUGGA